AUGAAGCUGAAGCUCCAUUCUUUCACACCACUUUCAAGUUUCUUCUUCUUCCUCACCACCUUAUGUUUCUCUACACUGUCGUUAGCAGCAAACAAUGUGACUUACGACCGUCGCUCUCUCAUUAUCGAUGGCCAACGGAAGCUUCUCAUCUCCGCUUCCAUUCACUACCCUCGCAGCGUCCCCGCGAUGUGGGCAGGACUGGUUCAGACAGCGAAAGAAGGAGGUGUGGAUGUGAUUGAAACUUAUGUGUUUUGGAAUGGCCAUGAACUUUCUCCGGGCAAUUAUUAUUUUGGGGGAAGGUAUGAUCUGGUCAAAUUUGCAAAGAUCGUUCAGCAAGCCGGCCUGUAUUUGAUUCUUCGGAUUGGACCAUUUGUUGCUGCAGAAUGGAACUUUGGUGGGGUGCCCGUUUGGUUGCAUUAUGUGCCAGGCACUGUCUUCCGAACUGAUAAUGAACCCUUCAAGUAUCACAUGCAGAAGUUCAUGACUUUUAUAGUGAAACUGAUGAAGCAGGAGAAGCUGUUUGCAUUGCAAGGUGGACCUAUCAUCUUGGCCCAGGUAGAAAAUGAGUAUGGCUUCUAUGAAACGGCUUAUGGAGAAGGAGGGAAACGAUAUGCGCUGUGGGCUGCUAGAAUGGCUUUAUCUCAAAAUAUUGGUGUACCUUGGAUAAUGUGCGAGCAGUUUGAUGCUCCAGAUCCUGUGAUCGAUACGUGCAAUUCAUUUUACUGUGACCGGUUCAAACCAAUUUCUCCAAACAAGCCCAAAAUUUGGACUGAGAACUGGCCUGGAUGGUUUAAAACAUUUGGAGCCAGAGAUCCUCACAGACCUCCUGAAGAUGUUGCUUAUUCUGUUGCUCGUUUUUUCCAAAAAGGAGGAAGUCUGCAAAAUUAUUACAUGUAUCAUGGUGGGACCAACUUUGGUCGCACUUCAGGUGGACCAUUCAUUACCACAAGUUAUGAUUAUGAUGCGCCGAUUGAUGAAUAUGGGUUAGCAAGGCUUCCGAAAUGGGGACAUCUGAAGGAACUUCAUAGAGCUAUAAAGUUAUGUGAGCAUUCAUUGCUAAACAAUGAACCAACCUUGCUUUCGCUUGGUCCUUUACAAGAGGCUGAUGUCUACACAGAUGCAUCAGGAGCUUGUGCUGCCUUUAUUUCCAACAUGGAUGAUAAACAUGACAUGAUGGUAAAGUUCCGGAAUAUGUCAUAUUACCUGCCAGCGUGGUCGGUUAGCAUUCUGCCAGACUGCAAAAAUGUAGUAUUUAACACUGCGAAGGUCGGAUCUCAAACUUCAAUUGUUGAGAUGGUACCAGAGGAUUUGCAGCGAUCAAUAGUAUCACCAGAUGAAGACCUGAAAAGUCCAGAAUGGGGAGUGUUUGUUGAAAAAGCUGGGAUCUGGGGAGAAGCUGAUUUUGUUAAGAAUGGCUUUGUAGAUCACAUCAACACCACAAAAGAUACCACCGACUACCUCUGGUAUACAACAAGGUUGGUCUUACUUGAGAUACCAUUGCCUGUAGAUUUGGAGCUGGUUGUCUAG